AAAUAUUGUGUUUCUCUGCCUCUGAGUCUUUUCAACUUCUGUCUCUUUCGCUCUCUCAAUUGUUAGAGAAGUGGCAUCACCCCAUGAGGAGCUCUUUUCCUCCGACCGACGGUGGAAGAUCGCCGACGAUCAGUGAUCGUCGGCGAUCGUUUACCUCCAGUUCUAUCAACCGUAAUAACUAUCGCCCUGUGCACUCUUCUCCGCCGCUUAAUCACCGUCCUACUCACAACCACCACCAGUACCCUAGCUCUGAUUUCCCGCCAAAUUGCAGGCGCGAUCGGGCUCCGGCGACGGGAAUACCUUCUUCAGUCAUGCGUAUCAGGCCGAAUUUCAUCGUUCAGCUUGUUCACCCGAGAAUUACCGCCGGCAACAGCGACGCCAAGCCGCCUUUUCCGGUUAGAAGGCAAGAGAUCAUAAGCCUGGCUUCGCUCUGCGAAAUUCCGGAGAAAUCACUCCAUGUGCCCCAGUUCGGCUGUAUCGCCGGAAGUUUCAGUUUUUGUCAGUGGGUCGAGGCGCUCUCCGCUGUGGUGGCUCUCUGGGAUUAUCGCCUCCAAGGGAGACAUGAUUUCGUUCCCGAAAUGAUUGCCAAUAUCAUCGUCCCGUCCGACAUGGACGAGCUCAGACACAAGCUCAGCGAUCUUUUCUCGGCUCACGUUCUUUCGCUUUUGGAAAACGGGGAAAGCGUCAAGAAGGUGAAAAGCGAGAUAGAUGAGAAAUCUCGUCAAAUUGAGUCCUUUUCGUCCAGAAAGGGUCUAAAAAUAGAGGCCUUUGAGAGCAAGAAGGCUCUAGAGGCGGAGAAAGAUUUGGUUAUCAAGCGGCUUGAAGAAUUCAAGAAUGCCAUGAAGAGCAUUGUGCGGUUUCUCAAAGAAAGUGACGGUUCUGAGUCUGAUGGAGAAGACGGCGUGGCCGUGCUGAGUCUGCAAGGGGCCUAUGAUUGGCCACGCAUUCAUAGUUUAAUCCGCAGGGAGUGUCGAAGGCUUGAGGAUGGACUGCCUAUCUAUGCUUACCGGCGGAGUAUUUUGAAGAGAAUUCAUGGAGAACAGAUAAUGGUAUUGAUUGGAGAAACCGGUUCGGGGAAGAGCACUCAGUUAGUUCAGUUCCUUGCUGAUUCUGGGGUUGCUGCUAGUGAGUCGAUCGUUUGUACACAGCCGCGGAAAAUCGCUGCAUUGACAUUGGCUAAUCGGGUCAGAGAAGAGAGCAGUGGCUGCUAUGAGGAAAAUUCUGUCCGCUGCACUCCAGCUUUCUCUUCCACCGAGCAGAUCAGUUCCAAAGUUGUGUACAUGACGGAUAAUUGUCUGCUUCAGCACUACAUAAAAGACCGGAGCUUGUCUGGCAUUUCAUGCGUUAUCAUUGACGAAGCCCAUGAAAGAAGCUUAAACACAGACCUUCUUUUGGCGUUGCUCAAAGAUCUGCUAUGCACAAGGGUUGACCUGAGGCUUGUCAUCAUGUCUGCCACGGCCGACGCCUACCAGCUCUCGGACUAUUUCUUCGGCUGUGGGAUUCUUCAUGUCACCGGGAGGAACUUUCCGGUGGAGAUUGUAUAUUCUCCUAGUGACACAGAAGAGGCUUGUGUUGUUGGCAGGGUUGCGUCAUAUGUUGACGAUGUUGUUAAGAAGGCAGUGGAAGUACAUAAAACAGAGGAAGAAGGAACCAUCCUUGCAUUCUUGACUUCCCAAGCAGAGGUUGAAUGGGCAUGCGAAAGGUUUAUAGCUCAAUCUGCAGUUGUUUUGCCUUUGCAUGGAAAGCUUUCCUUCGAAGAGCAGUUUAGGGUUUUCCAGAACCAUCCCGGGAGACGAAAAGUGAUAUUUGCCACAAAUAUCGCAGAGACCUCGCUCACUAUUCCUGGUGUCAAGUAUGUAAUUGAUUCCGGAAUGGUGAAAGAGAGUAAAUAUGAGCCUAGAACUGGUAUGAGCAUCCUCAAAGUCUGCCGGGUCAGUCAGAGUUCUGCUCAACAACGUGCUGGCCGCGCUGGCAGGACAGAAGCUGGAAAAUGUUACAGACUGUACUCAAACGGCGAUUUUGAUUCAAUGAAUCUUAAUCAGGAACCUGAAAUUCGGAGGGUCCAUCUUGGUGUAGCACUUUUGAGGAUUCUUGCUCUGGGUGUAGACAACAUAGCUGAUUUUGACUUUGUUGACGCGCCUGUCCCUGAAGCCAUUGCAAUGGCUGUCCAAAAUCUUGUUCAGCUGGGUGCAGUCGUUGAGAAGAAUGGUGUUCUUGAGUUAACACAGGAAGGGCGCUGUUUAGUCAAGUUGGGUCUGGAGCCAAGGCUUGGGAAGUUAAUUUUAGGCUGCUUCAGACACAGAAUGGGCAAAGAGGGGAUUGUUCUUGCUGCUGUCAUGGCUAAUGCGAGCAGUAUAUUUUGCAGAGUUGGCAACCUCGACGAUAAGAUGAAAGCUGAUUGCCUAAAGGUACAAUUCUGCAACCGUAAUGGAGACCUGUUCACUCUUCUUUCGGUUUACAAAGAAUGGUCAAAUCUGCCGCGAGAGAGAAGAAAUAAAUGGUGCUGGGAUAAUUGCCUGAAUGCAAAAUCAAUGCGGAGAUGUGAAGACACAGUCAAGGAACUGGAGAUAUGCAUUGAGAGAGAACUUACUCUUGUCAGCCCUAGUUACUGGGUUUGGAAUCCAACUGAGGGCACCAAACACGACAAGCAUUUGAAAAUGGUUAUACUUGCAUCACUUGCAGAGAAUGUGGCGAUGUACACUGGCUAUGAUCAGCUUGGAUACGAGGUGGCAUUGACUGGCAAACAAGUUCAGUUGCACCCGUCGUGCUCGUUGCUAGCGUUUGGCCAGAAGCCAAACUGGGUUGUCUUCGGUGAACUUCUCUCAGUUGUUGAUGAGUACUUGGUAUGUGUGACUGCGUUUGAUUUUGAGGCCUUGUCUAUGCUUGAUCCACCUCCACCUUUUGAUGCAUCUCAGAUGGAUGAGCGGAGGCUCCAAGUGAAAAAAGUGGUUGGUUGUAGCAGCACAGUGCUGAAACGAUUCUGUGGGAAAUAUAACCGUAGUCUGCUUUCAAUUGUUUCUCGUGCAAGGUCUCUUUGUAUGGAUGAAAGGAUUGGUAUUCGAGUCGAUGUCAAUCAGAAUGAGAUUCAACUGUAUGCACCUCCGCUCGACAUGGAGAAAGUGUUGGCCCUUGUGAACGAUGCGUUGGAAUGUGAAAAGAAGUGGAUGCAUAAUGAAUGUUUGGAGAAGUAUCUUUUUCAUGGUCGGGGAGAAGUGCCUCUUGCACUGUUUGGGUCUGGUGCUCAGAUAAAGCAUCUUGAAGUUGAUCAGAGAUUUUUGACAGUCGAUGUACUCUAUUAUGGCGACAGUGCUGUUGAUGACAGAGAGCUUGUGGCGUUUCUGGAUAAGAAGAUUGAUGGGUGUAUCUGCUCUAUUCACAAGUUUACUGCUAACAAGCAAGACUGUGAUGAGAAGGAGAAGUGGGGUAGGAUCACCUUUCUCACUCCGGAAUCUGCUAUGAAGGCAGCAGAGAUUCAGAGAUUUAGUUUCAAUGGAUCAGUGGUUAAAUUAUUCCCGUCGCUGUCAGCUGGUGGAGGAAUUUCCAAGAUGCCUACUUUCCCCUCUGUUACAGCUAAGAUUCGUUGGCCGCGAUUGAAAAGCUCUGGUGUAGGCCGUGUUACGUGCCCUUCUGGUGAUGUUCACAGUAUAUUUGAUGGGAUCUCCGGCCUUGUCAUAGGUAACCAUUUUGUCAACAUUCAGAGAGAUCAAAAGUCCGAUGAUUGUAUCUUGGUGAGUGGGCUUGACAGGGAACUUUCGGAUGACGAAGUUUUAGAUGUUUUAGAGUGCGCUACGUCGAGAAGGGAUCUGAAUUUCUUUUUAUUCAGAAAACACGCUGUGCAGUGUCCACCUCCUACUGCCUGCGAAGAGAUGCUGCAUUCGAGAAUAUUUGCGUCCAUGUCGUCGAGGAAUCCAGAUCCGAACUGUGUCCAAGUACAAGUUCUUGAACCAAAAGAAAAUGCUUAUUUCAUGCGAGCGAAUAUUACAUUUGACGGGAGAUUUCACUUGGAAGCUGCGAAAGCUCUGCAGGAGUUAAAUGGAGAGGUGAUACCUGGAUGCCUGAACUGGCAGAAGAUAACGUGUGAGCAAAUGUUUCAGAGCUCCAUAAUCUUCUCCGCUUCUAUCUACAACAUAGUCAAAAGACAAUUGAAUGCUUUAUUAGUGAGCUUCGAGAGACAAAGAGGAGGUGAAUGGCAUCUGGAACCAACUCAGAGCGGUGCUUAUCGUGUUAAGAUUUUUGCUAAUGCAACAAGACCCAUCGCAGAGAUGCGGAGAUCUCUUGAAGAACUCACGAGAGGAAGACCCAUAAAUCAUCCAGACUUAACCCCUAGAGUCUUGCAGCAUCUUUCGUCCAGAGAUGGUUUAAUUCUGAUGCGGAAGAUCCAACAGGAGACUGAAACUUACAUUAUAUUUGACAGGAACAAUCACACAGUACGGAUUUGUGGAUCACGGCAGAAAUACGCCAAGGCUGAACAAGAACUGGUUCAGUCGCUUCUGGCCUAUCACGAGAGCAAGCAACUUGAGAUCCACCUCCGAGGUCCUGAUAUACGUCCUGACCUCAUGAAGGAAGUUGUGAAGCGGUUUGGUCCGGAGCUCCAAGGUAUCAAAGAGAAGGUAAAUGGUGUGGAUCUGAAGCUCAACACCCGGCACCAUGUUAUUCAGGUUCAAGGGAGCAAAGAAAUGAGGCAGGAAGUAGAAAAGAUGGUCAAUGAGCUUGCACGAGAAGAGAGUGCGCAUGGCGAGAAACAAGAUGACAUUGAAGUUGAAUGCCCCAUUUGCUUGUCGGAGGUUGAUGAUGGCUACUCUCUUGAAGGAUGCUCACACCUCUUCUGCAAAGCCUGUUUGUUGGAACAAUUCGAGGCGUCGAUGAGAAACUUUGACUCAUUCCCCAUAGUUUGUUCUCACGUGGACUGUGGAGCUCCAAUAGUACUUGCUGAUAUGAGAGCCCUCUUAUCACAAGAGAAGCUUGAUGAACUGUUCCGAGCAUCCUUAUCCUCUUUUGUUACAUCGAGUGAAGGAAAGUUCCGGUUCUGCUCCACACCAGAUUGCCCGUCCGUCUACCGUGUAGCUGGUCCUUAUGAAUCCGGUGAGCCAUUCAUCUGUGGAGCCUGCAACGCGGAGACAUGCACAAGGUGUCACCUCGAGUAUCACUUGUAUCUCUCUUGUGAAAGUUACAAGCUGUUCAAGGAAAAUCCGGACUUGUCGCUGAAAGACUGGGCAAAAGGGAAGGACGUGAAGAAUUGUCCGUCUUGCAAGGCCACGAUAGAGAAAUCUCAAGGGUGUAACCAUUUGCAGUGCCUAUGUGGGAAGCACAUUUGCUGGGUCUGCUUAGCCUACUUCAAUCAUUCAGAGCCUUGCUAUGAACAUUUGAGGAUAAUUCAUGGCGGAAUUGGUAUUGCCGACGGCCUUGGUAUCCCCAUGUUUUGAAACCGGACUAGACCAGACCGGGUCUCUUCAAUGUACAAAUUUGUCAAAGUAAAGUCCAUGUAUAUAUUAUGUAACAUCUGGUUUGGUUCUUUAUGUACAUAUUGUCGAGUUUGUGUGGUUCAGUAAUAUUCCUUCCUUAACAACCUACACGAAACCGAUUAUAGUGGGGAAGACUCAUGAACCGAAUGCCAAAAAUAUGAAGGAUUUUUUUUUCUAUAUACUACUAAAGCCCUG